AUGGGGGUGACAGUGCCAGAGGGGUCCAAGAUCUUGAUUGACAAGUGGACCUGGAAGUUGUUGGGAGGUCUUUGCCUCGGUGAUGUGGUGGUGUAUGGGGGCAUACAGGAUCGUUGGUUGUGCAAACGCAUUGCAGCCAUUGGUCCAUGCAGCUACAAGGGCUUGUAUAUCCCGAAGGAUUACCUUUGGCUUGAAGGGGACAACUCCCGCAACUCUUUGGAUUCUCGGUACCACGGCUGCGUAGCCAUGACGGACGUUGUGGGCAAGGUCUGGCGCUACCCCUCAUUGAAGAGCUGGACCCAAGCAGAAGACUGGGCUGGAUUGUGGAACUGGUCCAAAUGGGGAUUGUCCCCAUUUGGACUAUGUUUACCUGCAGAGACCACCGAAUAA